AUGGCAGUAUGGAAAAUCCAGGCUUUCUACUUGCGUACUUCCCGGCAGAUCAGACCCCUUGAUCUAGAAGCAAAGGCUCCCCUUUACGCCCAAUUUUUGGAAACCACAGAGGGUCUUAUAACUAUCCGUGCACUUCAUUGGCAGCAAGAAUUUGCAGAUCAAAAUCAAAAUGCCGAGCUCCUCGACAAGUCCCAGAAGCCAUUUUACACUAUAUACUCCAUCCAGCAGUGGCUGCAGGUUGUUUUGGAUCUGCUUAUGGCAGGGCUUGCGACCGUUCUAGUUACAUUGGCUAUUUUUGUGAGCAAGAAGACUAGCUCUGGAGCCCUCGGCGUUGCUCUUGUGAACCUGUUUUCAUUCAACGCAACAUUGACAUCGUUAAUCACGAACUGGACACAGUUGGAGACUUCCCUAGGGGCAAUCAUGAGAGUCAAACAAUUUGUGACAGACCUGCAACUACAACUGGCUAGGAACGAGAUAGCUUGUCCAGAGGGUUGGCCGUGGGAAGGCCGAGUGGAAUUUCGAAGGGUUUCUGCGUCAUAUGGGGGACAUGUUUCCACCCCUACAUUGCGAAGUGUCUCAAUUAGCCUAGAGGGCGGCCAGAAACUAGGUAUUUGUGGGAGAGCCGGAAGUGGAAAGAGUUCUUUGCUUGCUUGCUUUUUCUCUCUCGUGACGAUCACGUCUGGCGAAAUAUUCAUUGACGGGAUCGAUAUCUCAACUCUUCCCAAAGAGAAGCUCCACUCUGAAUUGGUUCCAAUUUCUCAAAAACCAUUGGCUAUUCCCGGUUCAAUCCGUGAAAACCUUGCCUUGGGAAUAACAUCGACUAUCGGUGAUUCGGCGAUGGUAUCUGCAUUGAAGGAAGUAGGACUUUGGUGUCAAAUUCGAGACCAUGGUGGCCUGAGUGCGAACAUCGAUGCAACGAAUCUAUCCAAUGGCCAAAGGCAGAUUUUAUGCAUUGCCCGUGCUAUUCUAUUUCCUGGCAGGAUCGUCAUCAUGGAUGAGCCUACGGCCGGAUUCGAUGAACAUACUGAAAUGUUGGUCAUAGGGCUUCUUCAUGAGAAGCUGAAAGGGCGGACUAUAAUCUCAAUUACUCAUCAAAUCAAUACUGUGAUAGACUCGGAUCUGGUCAUGGUCAUGAACCACGGUACAGUAUCUGAAUUAGGAGCACCGCAAGAGCUUUUGAGUAGGCGGGGCAUGUUCUGGCAGUUGUACUCGGCAAAGACAACAUAG